CCCCCCCCCCCCCCCCCCCCCCCCCCCCCCGACGCCUUCUCCCACCUCCGACACCCCGGCCUCUCACGCGCGUCGCUGCCAUCGCCGUUCCCGUUCUUCCUCGAGGGGACAUCGCGUCUCCACCCCGUCCACAGUCUCUGCCCAUUGAGUUUUGAGGUGCAUACCCGGCGCACCAUCUAGAUCCGCCCCUGUCCCCGUCUCGUCGUAGCUGUGAAUAAAAAUGGAGAGCAGUCAGACCGAGAACCUCACAGACACUAAACAGGAUGACGAUGCGCGCCAAAGCAAACAGGAAGAUGAGGAGGCUCGCAUUGAAGAAUACAAAAGACUAAUGGAUCAAAAGAUUGCCCUUCGCCGAAACAAUCAAAAUCCUGAGAGACCAGAUGCAAACUACCUGAGGACUCUUGACUCAAGUAUUAAACGAAAUACAACAGUCAUAAAGAAGCUCAAAACAAUAAAUGAUGAACAAAAGGAUGGAUUAAUGGAUGAGUUGAAAAGUGUGAACUUGAGCAAAUUUGUCAGUGAAGCAGUUUCUUAUAUUUGCGAGGCUAAACUUCGUUCUGCUGAUAUACAAGCUGCAGUUCAGGUUUGCUCAUUGCUUCAUCAAAGAUACAAGGACUUCUCUCCUUGCCUUAUACAAGGUUUACUGAAGGUCUUCGUGCCUGGUAAAUCUGGAGAUGAUUUGGAUACAGACAAAAACUCAAGAGCUAUGAAGAAGAGAAGCACCCUGAAACUACUGAUUGAACUGUACUUUGUUGGAAUAGUUGAAGAUGCUAGUAUCUUUGUAAACAUUAUAAAAGAUCUUACAUCACUGGAGCAUUUGAAGGACCGGGAAGCAACUCAGACAAAUCUGUCUCUUCUCUCUUCCUUUGUUCGUCAAGGGAGGUUAUUUAUAGGGUUACGGUCUCAUGGUCAUGAAUCUUAUGAUGAGUUCUUUAAGGACUUAAAUGUUACUGCUGAUCAGAAGAAAUUCUUCAAGAAAGCCUUGAACUCUUACUAUGAUGCUGUGUCUGAACUACUACAAUCAGAAAAUGCGUCUCUUCGUCUGAUGGAGGCAGAGAAUGCAAAAGUUUUAAGUGCCAAAGGUGAAUUAAGUGAUGAGAACACAGCUUCAUAUGAGAAGCUCCGAAAGUCUUUUGAUCAGUUACUACGUGGUGUAUCCUCGUUAGCUGAAGCUAUUGACUUGCAGCCUCCGGUGAUGCCAGAUGAUGGGAAUACAACAAGGGUUACUACUGGAACUGAUGUCACCCCCUCUUCGGGAAAAGAACCAUCUGUGCUGGAACCUAUUUGGGAUGAUGACGAUACCAAGACUUUUUAUGAAUCUUUACCUGAUCUAAGAGCAUUUGUACCUGCUGUCUUAUUGGGAGAGGCUGAACAGAAGUUGAAUGAGCAACAUGCUAAGGGCCGUGAACAAUCUAGUGAGUCGAAUGCGGAACAAGAGACUGAAGUGCAUGAUAAUGCUCAGACUUCUUCUGCCACUGAAGAUCAACUUGAGGGAAAGGCAGAUGAUGUAGCGAAAGAUAGUGAAGAAAAAGAAAAGGACAAGGGAAAAGAGGCAGAAAAAUCGAAAGAGAAGGAUUUGGACAGGAAAACUGAAAAAGAUAAAGAGAAAGUAAGAGCCUUGGAUGGUGGAAGUUUGGACAACCUGCUACAGAGGUUGCCAGGAUGUGUGAGCCGUGAUCUUAUUGAUCAAUUGACGGUUGAGUUUUGCUACCUGAAUUCUAAAGCAAGCCGGAAAAAACUUGUGCGGGCCUUAUUCAGUGUUCCAAGGACUUCUCUGGAGCUUUUACCUUAUUAUUCUCGAAUGAUUGCCACAUUGUCAUCAUGUAUGAAAGAUGUCCCUACUAUGCUUCUCCCCAUGCUUGAAGAGGAGUUCAACUUCUUAAUAAAUAAAAAGGAUCAGAUCAACAUUGAAACAAAAAUAAAGAAUAUAAGAUUUAUUGGAGAAUUGUGCAAAUUCAAAAUUGCACCAGCGGCUCUUGUUUUUAGUUGUUUGAAGGCGUGCCUAGAUGAUUUCAGUCAUCAUAAUAUUGACGUGGCCUGCAACCUUCUUGAGACAUGCGGACGUUUUUUAUAUCGUUCACCUGAAACUACAAUCCGCAUGGCUAACAUGCUGGAGAUACUGAUGCGAUUGAAAAAUGUUAAGAAUCUGGAUCCGCGCCACAGUACACUUGUAGAAAAUGCCUACUACCUUUGUAAACCACCUGAAAGAUCUGCGAGAGUUUCAAAAGUUCGCCCACCUUUGUAUCAAUACAUAAGGAAGCUGCUUUUCUCAGAUCUCGACAAAUCAAGUGUUGAGCAUGUUCUUCGCCAGUUACGAAAGCUACCUUGGGUAGAGUGCCAGCAAUACCUUGUAAAGUGCUUUCUAAAGGUUCACAAGGGAAAGUACAGCCAAGUUCACCUGAUUGCUCUUCUCACUGCUGGGCUUAGCCGUUAUCAUGAUGACUUUGCUGUUGCAGUGGUAGAUGAGGUUUUAGAAGAGAUAAGGGUUGGGUUGGAGUUGAAUGACUAUGCGAUGCAACAAAGACGACUUGCACACAUGCGAUUUCUUGGGGAGCUGUACAGCUACAAGCAUAUUGACUCCUCAGUUGUAUUUGAGACAUUAUACCUUAUCAUUAUGUUUGGUCAUGGGACUUAUGAACAAGAUGUGUUGGAUCCACCAGAAGAUUGCUUCAGGAUCAGGUUGAUCAUAACACUUCUGCAGACUUGUGGCCACUAUUUCACUAGAGGCUCAUCCAAAAGAAAGCUUGACAAGUUCUUGCUACAUUUUCAAAGAUACAUUAUUAUGAAAGGCCCCUUACCACUUGACAUAGAGUUUGACAUUCAGGAUUUGUUUGCUGAGCUACGACCAAACAUGACCAGAUAUUCAUCAAUAGAUGAACUUAACUCUGCAUUAGCUGAACUCGAAGAACACGAGCGUGCGGCCUCAGUAGAGAAACCUGAGAGUGAAAGGCACUCGGACAAUGAAUCUCAGAAAAGGCAGCCACAUGAUGAUGGCAGGGGUUCAGCGAAUGGAGCCGAGGGAAAUGGUAAGGAUCAUGGAGAAGGCGCAGAUAGUGAGAGCUAUUCAGAUAGUGGCAGCAUUGGUGGUCAUGAAGAUGAAGAAGAUCUUCUGUCUGAGGAGAAAUCAAAUGAUGCAUCGGAGAACGAAGGUGAUGAUGAGGACGAUGGGAUGCCUGUUGGUUCUGAUGAAGAUGAGGGUGUUGAGGUUAGGCAAAAGGUUGUGCAGGUUGAUCCCAAGGAGCAAGAAGACUUUGACCGAGAGCUGAAAGCCCUUCUACAGGAGAGUUUGGAGUCACGUAAAUCGGAGGUGCGUUCCAGGUCCAGUUUGAACAUGAAGGUACCAAUGAAUGUCCUUGAAGGUUCAAAGGAUGCAAGGGCUGUGGAGUCAGAGAGUGGAGAAGAAACUGUGGAUGAAGAGGGUGGUAAUGCUGGUGGUGGCAGCAAGGUGCGUGUUAAGGUGCUAAUGAAGAAAGGGCACAAGCAACAGACGAAGCAGAUGUUCGUCCCUGGCGACUGCUCUCUUGUACAGAGCACAAAGCAGCAAGAAGCUGCCGAGCUUGAGGAGAAGCAGAACAUUAAGCGGAGGAUCCUUGAAUACAACGAGAGGGAGGAGGAAGAAAUGAAUGGCGGAUCGUCACAAAUGGGGAACUGGGGCCAAGGAGGGAGCAAUACCGGCAGCAGUAUUAGAUCAGGUGGGCGGGGCAAUUGGGAUGGUUGGAUCAGGGGAGGCGCUCGGCGUCACCAUGCCGCUGGUGGUUUCUACCAAGGAUAUGGCAGGAGAAGAUGAAUGCUAUAGUUGUCCUGAGGUUUUUGACAGGGCAACGGUGUCAAACUCCUAAUGGAGAAGAGGAUGCCUUGAAUUUAUUUGACAGGACGUUAACAGGAUGAUAGAAAGACUUUUCACCUCUGAAUGUGUGAGUGUUGCGUCGACUAUAGAGCCGAACCCACUUGACAAUGAAACGACAAUACCUCCGACGAAGGAGUAGAAUGUCUGAAGGGGCUUUCUUCUGUUGAAGUUGUUCAGUUGGGUUGGUUUGUGAAUGUGUACAUGAAGGUUUUCUUUUAUCUUGGAGGGACACCUUUGCUUCAGCUGUAAAGUUAGAGCGUGCAUAUCUACCUGAAUGUAGAUGUGGUGCUGCUAUUCGCAAAUCUUCCAUGUACCAGAAUUGUUGCUUGGAUGCUUGUCAGUGUGUUUGUAUAAACAAUAGAUGAGAAUAAACACCCUGCCUUAAUGUGCAACAUUUGACAUUGUAUAGAGGCUGCGUCAUUUAAUUCGGAUGAUUUGACAUUGUAUA